CACACACACGCAAUGCUGGGUUAACAGACGCACGAUGAUGGAACUAAACGAUCCUCUGGAUUUUACGCGCAUGGUUUUUCUCCUAUUGGGAUUUAUCCGCCGUAUGGAUUUGACUGAACUCGUUUAAUCAGGAAUAUCAUUCAGGAGAGCCCUGGAUAUUGAACACUUUAUAGUUUUUGCGUUCGCACAAUGUAUGGGAUCAAUCAGCGCUACUUAUACAUCUCUUUUCACUUCUUCGUGGUGUGGUGUCAUGCGCAGGGGGAGAAGAAUCACCCUUCUCCUAAUUUUAAGCAGUAUGUGAGGGAACAGGGCUCCCUGACGGACCAGCUGAGCCGGCGGCAGGUUCGAGUCUACCAGUUGUACAGCAGAACCAGCGGGAAACACGUGCAGAUCCGCGGACACCGGGUCAGCGCCACCGCGGACGACGGAAACUCUUACGCCAGACUGUACGUGGAGACGGACACCUUUGGCAGUCGUGUUCGCAUUAAAGGAGCCGAGAGCGGCAGAUACCUGUGCAUGAACCGCAGAGGCAAACUGGUGGGCAAGCCCAACGGCCGCGGACGGGACUGCAUCUUUACGGAAAUCGUGUUGGAGAACAACUACACGGCUUUAGAGAACGCCAGACAUGAGGGCUGGUUCGUGGCUUUCACCAGGAAGGGUCGACCCAUCCGAGCCUCCAAAACCCGACAGAACCAGCGCGAAGUUCACUUCAUCAAACGCCUCCACAAAGGACCGCAACCGUUCCCGAACGCAGAGCAGCCAAAACACUUCGAGUUCAUCAGCUUCCCUUCGACACGACGUGCCAAACGCAACAGAAAACACCAGACCGCUUCAUAACCCGCUGAUCAAACGACAGAGACAGCUUUAUUUUUAUAUGCUUUCGUACUUAAUGGACUUGAAAAACACUGAACGGACGCUCGAUGCUCAGGGGCGACUUGUAAAUAUAGAUAGAGAAUGUAUAUAUUUAAUUAAGGUGGUGUUUGUGUCUGUGUGUUGCGUGAGCAUUUUGUACAGACUCUACAGACAAAUGUGCUCAAUAUUAAACACGAUAAAGGAGAAAUUUCCCUCUGAGGGGAAAAUAAAAUACUAAUGCUAAACGAAAUACAAUCAGCCUAUACACUACCAGACAAAAGUCUUGUCGCCUAUCCAAGUUUCAGGAACUCCCAGAGUUCAUCAAAAGUCUUUGUGUUCAUCUUCAACGCCUCCUCCUCCUCCAUCUUACCCCAGACAUGCUCCAUAAUGUUAAUAUCUGGUGACUGGGCUGGCCAAUCCUGCAGCACCUUGACCUUCAGGAGCUUUGAUGUGGAGGCUGAAGUAUGAGGAGCGCUAUCCUGCUGGAGAAUUGUCCCUCUCCUGUGGUUUGUAAUGUAAUGGGCAGCACAGAUGUCUUGAUACCUCAGGCUGUUGAUGUUGCAGAUCUCUCGCACACCCCCAUACUGAAUGAUCCCCAAACCAUGAUUUCUCCUUCACCAAACUUGACUGAUUUCUGUGAGACUCUUGGUCCAUGCUGGUUCCAGUAGGUCAUCUGCAAUGAUUGUGAUGCAGAUCAGCAGAUGAUUCAGCAGAAAAAUCCACCUUCUGACUCUUUUCCAAAUGAUCAACUAGAAGUCGAGUUAUUAUUGUUGCUCUUACAACUGAGAUCCACGGCAAGACUUUUGUCAGACAGUGUAUAGCACUAAAAAUAUAAUAUGCUUAAGGUAAACUACCUUAGUUCAUUAAUAUUACACCACAUGCUAACACACGACACUAAAUAAUGCAAUAAACAUUAUUUAUCAACAUUAUUUUUAUAUGCUUUCGUACUUAAUGAACUUAAAAAAAACACUGAACGGACGCUCGAUGCUCAGGGGCGACUUGUAAAUAUGGUAAGAUAGUAGAAGAGAAUGUAUAUAUUUAAUUAAGGUGGUGUUUGUAUCUGUGUGUUGUGUGAGCAUUUUGUACAGACUCUAAAGACAAAUGUGCUCAAUAUUCAAUACUCCUCUGAUGGGGAAAAUAAAUGCAACAUGAAAU